AUUGUUUUCACUGACUAAAACGCUGAAGAAUGGCUCACUGAGAGGUUGAUAUUUGAGAACAUACAGUAAAUGAUUGAUGCAAUCCUGACAACACUGAACCAAAUGAUCCUGUGUUUCUCAACUUUCCAGUGUUUCAGUGCAUGCGUAUGUAUGUAUUUGACCAAUAAUCUGCAAUGAACCAUCUGUGUGUUUCUAUCUAUAUCUAUCUAUAUGUUUGUGUGUAUGUGUGUGUGUGUGUGUAGGAUGCGGGAGAGGGAGCUGCGGUGCGUGGGUAGGAGAUUGCUAUUGCUUGGCGUCUGCCUGCUGUCUCUGUGGGGGCAGCUGAGCCUGGCCUCCUCACACCGCAGCCACAUCGUACAUGUCAAGGCAGGAACCUGUGAGGUCAUAGCAGCACAUCGUUGUUGUAACAAGAACAAAAUCGAAGAGCGUUCUCAAACUGUCAAGUGCUCCUGCUUUCCCGGACAGGUUGCCGGCACCACCAGAGCAGCCCCCUCCUGUGUGGAUGCAUCUAUAGUAGCCCAAAAGUGGUGGUGCCAGAUGCAGCCCUGUAUGGAGGGUGAGGAAUGUAAGGUGUUGCCAGAUCUUAAGGGUUGGAGCUGCAGCACUGGGAACAAAGUCAAGACAACCAGAGUCACACGGUAGUCUGGGAUAAGGAUAUCUGGGACUCAUCAUCUUCUUCUUAGAUCAUAUUAUGGAAAUGCAGGAACCAGGAUUUGAAGACUGCUUGAGGACAGUGGAAAUUAUGUAUUUGGAUUUCAGUGGAAUACCAAUAUCCUUAUAAAUGGAAACUUUCAAACAGAACUUCUUUGCUUUCUUUGGGCAAAAUUCCAAACUUCCCUCCCUGUUUUAUAACUAGUGGACAAGAACUUCCAUCAUGUAAAAUUUCAUGUUCACCAAGAUCUUGACAUAUUGAAAAUAAAACAACGUAUUAUUCCAGAGAUGCCGUGACACUCUGCAGAACUACGAACAACAUUUUCUUUUUUUUUUUUUUUUGAGAGUACAUCAGGCUUGAAAAUUUCAUUAACUCUUUGAAGUGUAUGUGUUCCAGAACCGAUUGUGUUCCCUUCUCCAUCUCUUAAUGCUAACAUUUCUUUCUUCUUUUAUAGGAAGAUUUUUUGUGAGGUGUUUACUUUUAAGAACAAACCCAGAGCAUUUGUGUUUUGAAAUGAACUUGUGCCAUUGAAAGAAGUACAUUAAGUAUUAAAAAAAUUAUAAGAAGUCUAAACAGUAAUGGUUGGAGUUUGGCAGUGGUCCACUGGAAAUUAGUAUAACUUUGCAAUCACAGAUUUGCUGUUUGUUUAAAAAAAAAAAAAGUGACUGCUAUUGAGUAAAAAGUGUAAGUAUUAUCUUAAAUAAAAGUGUCUCUAUGGGAAACCUCCACACACUAUUUGAAAGAGUUUAAAAGGUGACACACCAAACAGCUAUUGGAAGCAGCUAUUUUUAAAUGUAUUGCAAUGCCAUGCUGCAUUAAGAUGCAUAGCCACUUUCAUAGACUCAUGAUCUGAUGCUACUGUUUUUCAUAUACAGUAAUAAAUGUCAUUUAACUGUCAAGAUUAUCACAAAAUUAUGCUAAUAUCCUAAGGAAGACUGGCACACAUUCUUUCUGAGAUAUGCUCUUUGCAGACACCACUUUGUCAGUCUAAGAUUCGCAAAGUGCUUAUGCAGCUAUCACAGAGCACUUAAGACUAAAUUGUGGAAGACAGAGGUAAGACUAUUAGCAUAAUACCAUUAGACAGUACUUCUGCCUGGCUAAUUUACCAUUAGAAUUACCAACGGUGGAAUGAGGAGAGUACUUGGAAGUAAGUCAACAUGUCAUUUGCUGAGAGGACCAAAGUGACGCAAAUGAUACCCCUCAACAUGCCAUAAACAUCAUUUUCAGGUACUAAUGUGCUAAUGUGUUACCCUAAAUCACAGACUAUGCACAAGCCUAGCAUUUAAAGGAUAUGCGAUAAGCAAGGAGUAUUCACAAUUUAUUUAAUUGUUUGCUUGUGUGUGGAUAUGUGUGUUAGCGUGUAGGAGCACCAGAUGACUCAGUUCCCAUUUGUAUUCACAGCAGAAUUCAAAGAGUUGCAAGGGUCUUGACUUUCCUUAUAGUGUACUCACACAUCUCUCCUUCAUUUGUUCUUGAUGUUUUUCACCACACAUCAUUUGUAGCAGCCAAAAAAAGUG